UUAAAUUUUUUUAUUAUGACUGUCAUUUGUAUUCAUGACUUUAUAUUUUCCUUUCUUUGUUCAGCUGUUCCACGCACAAGUGAUACACAGUGUAGCUCAGUUCCUGAGCCUAGAUAUGGAAGGAGAAUUGGCUCUGAAUUUUCAGCAGGCUCUGUUGUUCGAUUUGAAUGUAGUCCUGGCUAUCUGCUACAAGGCUCAAAAGCUAUCCGGUGUCAGUCUGUACCAAAUGCCUUAGCUCAGUGGAAUGACACCGUACCAAGCUGUGUAGUGCCAUGCAGUGGGAAUUUUACUGAGCGCAGAGGUACUAUUCUUUCACCAGGUUACCCUGAACCUUAUGGUAACAGCUUGAAUUGUGUGUGGAAAAUCAUAGUGACUGAGGGAUCAGGUAUUCAGAUCCAGGUCAUCAGCUUUGCCACUGAACAUAAUUGGGACUCCCUUGAAAUAUAUGACGGUGGAGAUAUGACAGCACCGCGACUUGGGAGCUUUUCAGGUACAACUGUGCCAGCAUUGUUAAAUAGCACCUCCAAUCAACUUUACCUUCAUUUUCACUCCGACAUUAGUGUGGCAGCAGCUGGUUUUCACCUGGAAUACAAAACUGUAGGCCUUGCUGCCUGUCCAGAGCCAGUAAUUCCUAGCAAUGGGAUCAAAUCAGGAGAUAGAUAUAUGGUGAAUGAUGUUUUGUCAUUUCAGUGUGAGCCGGGAUAUACAUUACAGGGGCGUUCUCAUAUUUCUUGUAUGCCAGGAACAGUUCGACGCUGGAACUAUCCAUCUCCUCUCUGCAUUGCUAAAUGUGGUGGAACACUGACAAACAUGGCUGGUGUGAUCCUGAGCCCAGGUUUUCCUGGAAAUUACCCCAGUAACUUAGAUUGUACAUGGAAAAUUUUGUUGCCUAUUGGAUAUG